GCUGAUGCUGUGGUAUCCUUUCUUGUGGAGAGGUUGGGUAACCUCUUGAUUGAUGAAACCACACUGUUAUGGAGUGUACGGAUCAGGUCCAACAGAUGCAAACCGAGCUAAAACGGAUACAGUGCUUUCUAAAAGAUGCUGACAAAAGGCAAGAUGAGGAUGCCAGCGUUCGGAAUUGGGUUUCAGAGAUAAGAGAUGCUGCUUAUGACAUUGAGGAUGUUAUUGACAGUUUUGUGCUUAAAUUUGCAGCUCGGAAUGGAAGAAGAAUCCAUAAUCACAUCACCAAAGGCAUAGCACUUCACAACCUUGCUUCUGUUGCCAUUUCUGUCACAUUGCUGCGUCCUUUGGCAGCUCUGCAGCAUGCUUGGUCCCUUAGCAGCUCUACAGCAUGCUUGCUCAUUUUCACCAUAUUUGCAGCUAAAUUGCUGCACUUUGCUGCUACCGUCCUAUUGGUGCAGCUCUCCCUUCAUUUUGCUGCCAUUUUAAGCUUACAAACUUAUGGAAUAACUGCAAGAAAAGAAGAAGGAACUAGCUUAGCAUUUGAGAGGGAGAGGCAGCUCAGGUGGUCUUAUUCCCAUGUCGUUGAAGAGUAUAUUGUUGGGUUUGAUGAAGAUAUGAGGCAACUGAUAGCACAGCUAGUAAAUGAAGAGAAAUGCAGAGUUGUGUCUAUCUGUGGUAUGGGUGGUCUGGGAAAGACCACCAUGGCAAAAGCUGUUUACCAUCAUGGUGAUAUAAGGAGACAUUUUGAAGGGUUUGCUUGGGCAUAUGUGUCUCAGCAGUGCAAAAGAAGAGAUGUUUGGGAGGGGAUUUUGCUGAAACUUAUCACUCCAUCUAGGGAGGAGAGGGAGGAAAUUUUAAGAAUGAGAGAUGAUGAUUUGGCAAAGAAGCUUUAUAAAGUUCAAAAAGAAAAGAAGUGUUCGGUGGAUGAUAUUUGGAGCACUGAGGCAUGGUCUACUCUUAGUGUUGCUUUUCCAAAUGAAACUGCUUCUGGUAGCAAAAUACUGCUUACAAGACGCAACAAAGAGGGAGCUUUGAUUUCUGACCGAGAGGGAUUGGUUCAUGAACCAAACUGUUUGAAUGAAGAAAAGAGUUGGGAGUUAUUCCAAAGGAAGGCAUUUCCAAGGAGAGGCGAUUCAGAGCUCAAAAUCAAUGAAGAUAAGGAGAAGCGAGGGAGGGAAAUGGUUGGAAGCUGUGCCGGUUUACCUUUGGCGAUUGUUGUGCCCGGAGGGCUUUUGGCAACAAACGAAACAUUGAUUGAGUGGGACAUGGUGAACAGAAAUAUCAGGUCUUAUUUGGCCAAAACUAAAGGCCAUGAACAAGCAAGAUUAUGAUGGGGAGAAAAGCCAAUUUGCAAAUUAUAUUUCCAUUGCAUUUUUUUUCUUUAUGUUUAACUUUACUGAUGUGAAUUGGUACAUAAAUUUUUUUUAGUGUUAUCCUUUGUUAGGAUCUUGCUUUUUCAUGUAUUUUCAUAGGAAAUUCAAAGAGAAGGUGAUGUAUCUGUUGUCUGUGGAAGUGAAGAUUUCUAGUCUUCUAGCCUUUUAGGGCAUGUUUGGAAUCCCGGACAUAACUCAUGGUUGAAUAAAAAUUAGUCCUAAAC